GGAGUGGUUAUUGAAAUACUUGGCUACAACAUAAACGAUGACACUUAUAAAGUAAGAUAUGAAGGAGGCGUUGAAGAUGUUAUACCAUCUAAGAACUUGAGAGAAUCUAAACCAACACAUCUGGGACCAUUAGAGCGGGAGUACUGGAAAGACAAAAAUAUGCCAGAAAGAAUAAGAAAAUUCUUCUAA